AUGUUCUCUUUAUCCUUACCUAAGAACUGUUUUGAAUUUUAACAAAAGAAUUUUUAAAACUUAAAAAUGUUAUCAAAUUAGAAUGAGAAAAGAGAAAACUUUUUUUAAAAUUAUAUAAAAAUAAGGUUGGCUAAAAUGGAAAUAAGAAAUUUAGCAAAAACGUAAAAUAAAUCGUUUAGAUCUAAAACAAAUGUUAUCCGAACAUAAUAUCCAAUUUAGAAUGGAUAAUGUUAAUUGAAGAAUAAAGUGAGAAGAUUUGUAACAGUAUAAGAAUUCUCUAAAACAGACAGAGUGACUAUUAAGAAGUUUUCGAAUGUAAAAAGAAAAGAGAGUGAAAAUUGGAGCGAUUUAAAUCAAUGGAAUUAUAUAUAAGAUGAAACAAUUUAAUAGUGAAUAAUAAAAAAUAUUGAAAAGCAGUUUAUUACUUAAUAAAUGAUAUAUAUAUUAAUGAGAAGAUGUGUCUGAGGAUUGAAAUGAGAGUAUUAAAUGAUAGAAAGAGAGUGGAUUAUAAUAAUUAAAUAGAAAUGAAUAAAGUUAUAAGAUAUUGAUAGAAAUAAUAGGAUUAUAAUAGUAAAUGGUUUUUAGUUGGAGUAUCUUAAUGUGAG